GCGCAUGAAGUUGGCGAGGGUGAGAUCUCGAAGCUGAUUACGGCAGACGUAGGAAGGCACGGGUUGUAAAUUGCAGGAAGGAGGGAGUCGGGUCUUUCACGUUGUCCGGGGCGAUUCUCUUUUGUCUGGUUUGGUUUCAGAGAGUUCAUUGGCUCUAUUGCCUCCGGGAGCAGGUUGUAAAGAUCAAUGAAUCCAUUUCUGAAGAAGAACUUCUUACUUGAGCUCCGUGACUGUUCAAGUGCAAAUGUCCUCAUCCUUUAGCUCAUUACCACCAAACACUUCGUCAAGGUCUUUCACAGCUUUAGCCUUAUCACCAUUUCAGUCCGUGAUAGUUGCAGAAUCUUCUCCUUCCACAAAGUCUCCACCUUGCCGUCAUUUAACCCUCACCUUACAUCUUUCAAAUCUUCUCCAAUACCUUCAGCUGGUAAUAGAUUCUCCACCAUGCUUCCAAUGCCAGCCCAAGCUGGCCCUCUAUCUCCAUUAACAACAAGGAAUGCAAUCACUACACCUUCUACUCUUUCCUUAAAUUCUAAGAAAAAUUCACCAGAGGGCAAGUACAAUAGCCAUGUUAAUGUGCUACUCAUUGCUGGAGUUGCAAUUGGUGUAGCAUUCUUUCUUGUUAUGAUGACCAUUGUUUGCAUAUGUUGCUGGAAGAGAAAGAGGAAACAACACAACUCAAUGCAGCACUAUGUGAAUCCUUCAGCAUCGAAAGACAGUAUGUAUUACACUAAUGGAGUAACCCAGAAAUGGCACAAUGCGCACCAAGCAAGGGAUCCUGUUGUGAAGGUCCAACCACCUGGAGGUGGAUGGCACCUGCAGCCACCAAACAUGUUGACUAACAGCAACGAGAUCAGCUCCCUCUUUUCUAGCCAACAAGCCCCUCCUCUAUCACCUCCAUCCCCCACUUUGCCCUUGGGUUUCAACGAAAGCAACUUCACUUAUGAAGAGCUUGAAGCUGCCACCAACAAUUUCUCUCAAUCCAACCUCUUGGGGCAGGGUGGAUUUGGCUAUGUGCACAAAGGGUUGCUUCCAAAUGGGAAGGAAAUUGCUGUUAAGUCUCUCAAGUUAGGGAGCGGGCAAGGUGAACGAGAGUUUCAUGCUGAGGUUGAUAUCAUUAGUCGAGUUCAUCAUCGUCAUUUGCUGUCCCUUGUUGGAUACUGCAUAGCUGGAUCACAAAGAAUGCUUGUCUAUGACUUUAUUCCCAACAGGACUCUUGAGUACCACCUCCAUGGGAAGGGACUUCCUGUUAUGGAUUGGUCUACCAGACUCAAGAUUGCAAUUGGAUCAGCUAAGGGAAUUGCUUACUUGCAUGAAGAAUGCCAUCCAAGAAUAAUCCAUCGCGAUAUCAAAUCUUCCAAUAUCCUGCUAGACUUCAAGUUUGAGGCCAUGGUUGCUGAUUUUGGCUUGGCGAAACUUUCAUCUGACAAUCACACGCAUGUCUCCACAAGAGUUAUGGGAACAUUUGGGUAUCUAGCUCCAGAGUAUGCAUCUAGUGGCAAGCUAACUGAGAAAUCGGAUGUGUUCUCAUAUGGUGUGAUGCUUCUCGAAUUGAUUACUGGACAACGGCCUGUGGGCAGCUCUCAUGCAUUCAUGGAAGACAGCUUAGUUGACUGGGCAAGGCCGGUUCUUUUCCAAGCACUGGCUGAUGGAAACUAUGAUGAUGUAGCUGAUCAUCGUCUCAAUGGCAACUAUGACACCGUGGAGAUGGCACGGAUGAUUGCGUGUGCUGCUGCGUGUGUUCGUCAUUCUGCUCGGCGACGCCCCAAGAUGAGUCAGAUUGUGAGUGCAUUGGAAGGCAAUGCAUCACUAGAGGACUUGAAUGAGGGGAUGAGGCCAGGGCAGAGCAUGCUUUUCAGCUCUAGCUCAGACUACGAUUCUGAUUUGUAUGCCCCAAGCAUGAGGAGAAUCAGAAGGAUAGAACUUACUAGCCCUGAGUACAGUGGAGACUACAGCGGACCCAUAGCUGAGUAUGAACAUGGAAGUGAACCAUCCAGUGGUGAGCAGCCAUAUUCUGAUGACCUGAACACACUCGGAAACUCGCACAGAUUUCCAGCCUUUUGAGCUUUAAGCCUUUGUUUGGGACGGCUUUCUUACUGCUUCUUGAAGCAGAUUUUUAGUACAAAAAGUAAAACUUUUGUACUAGAAAGUUGUUUUAAGAAGUAGUAAAAAAGUUGUCCUAAACGAAGCCUAAGUUUGAGCAUCCAGUUCUAUUAAGCUGCAAAGCAAGACUAAGGCUUCGUUUGGGAUGACUUCCUUACUGCUUCAUAAAGCAGUUUUUUAGUACAAAACAUUGUUAAACUAAAAAAAUUUGUACUAAAAAGCUGCUUUCUAAAGCAUUAAGAAAGCCGCCUCAAACAAAGCCUAAAUUUGUACUAAUUUGCUAGCUGGGGCAUGUAUAGUUUUUAUUUACCAACUCAAAGUUUGUUUUGUAUUGUCUGGCAUAAGAAGGAUGCGUGCAUGGCAAAAUAGAUUGGAAUUUUUGGCAGCUCCAUGUUUUCCAUGUUAUUCUAAUGCUAAUUCUGUGAAGAUUUUGUUUUGCUUUUCUGUUAAGACACUUUUACACUUUAUUGUA